CUCGAACGAAGGCGCUGCACAGUCUCGCGAUCGUCAUCGCGUAGAAACGUGAUUCUCGUUUACGAUAGUUACCACCACGACUUUGUUUCACUGUUGGCUCGCGUCUGAUAACGUGACAACUGCUGUGUUGUUGUGAAUAUAAAAUGCCAUAAUUGUGAAUUUUACUUUUUUCCUUCAUCAUAUACCCGUAAGAACGAAUCUUUUUUUCUUUCGCAAACGUUGAUUUUUUCAACCUGUUUAACGAGAAAACAACAAAUUUAAAGAAGUACUUUCGUUGUAUCACAAAAGGAAGGAGGAAGAGCCUGUAAUUUCGCAAAGAGAUCAUUCGAGAUAGUCUCUUUGAACGAACGUUUGCUGUUACCGUUUGCCUAGUGGUCGAUCAUCGGCUCGUUGAUCGACGCGUUGAUCCGGCUCCCUAGGUGGGAAGUUCAAAGCGGAAGAAGAAGUUGGGGGAGAGAGAGAAAGAGAGAGAGACAGAGAGAGAGAGAAAGAGAGAGAGAGCAGAGAGAGAGAGAGAGAGAGAGAGAGAGAGAGAGAGAGAGAGAGAGAGAGAGAGAGAUAGAGAAAUCGGAAGAGGAGAAUCUCGAGUUCCCCGCGUGUUCAUCGACGGUGAUGUGGUGUUUAACCCCGUUAGAAUCCAGCGGAUCGUGAACAGAUCGAGAGCAGCCGAACAAUAGAGCCGCUCACCACCGGUGCGAUAUUUCUCGAUGGGUUGCUCGUAGCCCGUGAUCGCCUGCGCGUAUUUGUCUGGUGUCUAUAUUGCAUCACUACUACGACGACGACGACGACGACGACGACCAAGAGGAGGAAAGAGGAGGAGGAGGAGGAGGAGGAGGUGGAGGUGGAGGAGGAGGAGGAGGUGGAGAAGGAGGGAAGAGAGGAUAGGUCGUAGCGGCAGGAAGAGAUCGUCGUUAUAGGGGGAGAUCGCCAUAGCUGAUCGUACCACCCAAGGUGGCACAGAUUGAGAGGUCCCAUCAGCGUAACAUCCUCUCGGCGAUUCGAAGCAUUUCGCGAACCACAUCUCGUUCCUCGCCUUGAUAUCACCUUUUCUAUUUCUCUUAUUUCUCUCUCUCUCUCUCUCUCUCUUUCUCUCUUUUUCUCUCUCUUUCUCCUUCUCCUUCUUUCUUUCUUUCUUUCUUUCUUUCUCUAUCUCUUUUCUUUUCUCUCUUUGUCUAUCCCUUUUUUUUUAAAUAUAUCUUUAUUUUCCUCUUUCUCUCUCUCUCUCUCUCUCCCCCUCUCUCUCUCUCUCUCUUUCUUUCUCUCUUUUUCCUGAUCUAAAGCAAAGGACUCCGUGAACAUUCGGAAGUAACAAUUAUUGGACACGCACAAGAGAAGAGUAGAAAUUUGCAACAAGGAGAACACCCAUCUACUCCUCUUCCUCCUCUUCUUCCUCUUCCCUUAUUCCUCUCUUCUUCCUACUCACUCCAUUUCGUUCUUCUCGUCGAGUAGCAUCACGCAUCGGACACUUCCGGCUUUGCGGAAGCAACGCUCCAUGUGAACGACUGACGGCGAUCGCCUCACCUCGCGACUCAACUCAUUCAUCGAACAACGAUUUUGUCAUGGAGACCGCUACCGAACUAUCUCCUUUGUCUGGUCCGGAAAAGCAAGGUAGGGUAGUUGAAAGGACCUCCUAUUAUCCGCAAGAGCCAGGUAAAAGGCCACAAACAAGGAAGGAAAAAAUGCAAUCAUGUUUGAGGCACAAUGCCUUGACCAUACUAACCGUCGCUGGCGUAGUCGGUGGUAUUGUCUUAGGAAUAAUCCUAAGGAAUUCCCGAAGCGAUAGAUAUACAAAUCGUGAGAUUAUGUAUAUCAAUUAUGCCGGCGAUCUAUUUCUAAGAAUGCUCAAGAGUUUAAUUCUGCCGCUCAUCAUGUCAAGUUUGAUCUCAGCUAUUGGAUCCUUGGACUUAUCUCUCAGUGGCAAAAUCGGUGCACGUGCUAUUUCCUAUUACAUGGUCACAACGAUUAGUGCGGUUAUACUCGGUAUAAUUUUGGUCAUAUCUAUUCAACCAGGUGUAGGUAGCUCUGCUAAUUACGAAGAAAAAGUUCUUUCACAAAAUUCAUCAACCGUUGAUACGCUUUUAGAUUUAGUUAGGAACAUGUUCCCUCCGAAUCUGGUGCAAGCAUGUAUUUCUCAAAUGCGUACAGUAGUCAAAAAACCCGUGAACGGCGAUCAAGACGAUAUGGAUAACUGGGAUUUCACCGAAAAGGAUAUUCCUGGUAUGAAUAUUCUCGGUUUAGUCGUUUUCUCAACCGUAUUGGGUAUUACUCUAGGUAAAAUGAGUCAAGAAGGGAAACCACUUUUGAACUUUUUCGAAUCUUUAUCAAGUGCCAUGAUGUUAAUCACCAAUUGGGUAAUUUGGUUGUCGCCAAUCGGUAUACUUUUUUUGGUGGCUGCAAAAAUCGUAGAAAUGGAAUCAUUGGAACAAAUAGUCGCACAACUUGGCAUGUAUUUCCUAACAGUUCUAAUUGGCCUUUGCAUUCACGGUUUCAUCAUACUACCUGGAUUGUAUUUUGUGGUAACAAAAAAGAAUCCCUACCGUUAUCUAUCCAAUAUGGCACAGGCAUUGGUCACUGCAUUUGGUACAUCAUCGAGUUCGGCGACAUUACCAGUUGCCAUAAAUUGUCUCGAAGAAAGAAACGGUGUCGAUCCACGAAUAACCAGAUUUGUACUACCGAUAGGAGCUACAAUAAAUAUGGACGGUACUGCUUUGUACGAAGCAGUAGCCGCAAUUUUUAUAGCGCAAGUUCGCGAAGUCAGCCUCACUUUUGGACAAUUAGUGGCGAUCAGUAUUACUGCAACUGCCGCAAGUAUCGGAGCAGCUGGGAUCCCGCAGGCGGGAUUAGUUACUAUGGUGAUGGUUUUAGACACAGUACAUCUUCCAUCGAAUGAUGUCUUCCUUAUUCUUGCGGUUGAUUGGCUAUUGGAUCGCUGUAGGACGACAGUAAAUGUUAUGGGAGAUUCCCUUGGUGCAGGAAUCGUUAAUCAUUUAAGUAAAAAUGAAUUAACAGCAUUACCACAACAUAGACAAACUCAAAAUGGAGCAGACCAUUCAAUAUCGAUAUGAAAUGUGUAAGUGUGUUAACAGUUCGAAUACAAUAAUGCCCUAGUAGCAUUUAUUGGUAAUUGUUUUGCGAUCUAAUAUAGUUGUUUAUUAAAUUAUACAACAAUUCCAACGAUUUUGCUGUUAAAAUAAAAUAAAGAAACGUGAUUAAUUGGCUCACUGCACAAUUCCUACGUGCAAAUAAUUAUUAAUAAAUAAUAAAUAAAAAAUUGUAACGAAUAUAUAUAUAUAUAUAUAUAUAUUAUAUCGUAACGAUUAUAUAAAAAUCACGAUUAUUGUGUGCGUUCAGUAAAAUACUGCCUAUCUAUUGGAUCUAGUUAUUUUAAAUGUGUUCUCUCUUUUAUGUAACAUCGAUAUAUGUUUAUAUCGAAAAUUGUAAUAACAUUAAUAAUAGUCGCGAUUAAUUAAUAGUAGAAUCGUCAUUAUAUGGCCAUUUACGUUUUGGAUUUAGCGUUAGAUA